UGGCAAAGGGGGACUUUGAUUAACGGCCGGGGCGGCCCUCGUCCCCCCCCCCAUCAGGCAGCCAAUCAGCAGCCGCCGCUCUUUGUGUACAAACAAAGCAUCGUGCUUCCUGCAGCCUUUAAAUGGUCCCGCAGCCCCGCGAUGUCCAGAGCGGAGGACAGGUCCACCAUCCAAAAGAAGCGACCCCCGCCCCCCCCCGCACCCCGCCCAGAAGCACGCAGAGGAUGGAUCCCAUCGGCCGCGGAGAGUCGGUCCGCAGGAGCCUGUUCGGCCCGGUGGACCACGACCAGCUGCGCCGGGACCUGGCGCUGCAGCUGCGGGAGAUGGCGGAGCGGGACAGCCGCCGCUGGAACUUCAACUUCCAGGCGGAGACGCCGCUGUCCGGCAGGUUCCAGUGGGAGGAAGUCCCCGCGGACUGCGCCGCGGAGCCGGGCGAAGGCGGGCGGCCGGGCGGCCGGGAGGACGGCUCCGGGACCGACCAGGAGAACCGCGCCGGGGUGGUGCCCAACGCGCGCAAGCGUCCCGCCGACGCGACGCCCCUCCGGCGGAGGAAGAGGACGCUCUCCAAGCCGGCGGCCGGGCCCGGAGCCCUCUGCCGCAUCACAGAUUUCUUUGCCAAGAGGAGGAGGACGACGGAGACUAAGGGCGUCGUGAGCUCCAGCGAAGCGGCUCCCUGCAGAACAAUACGGUGAAGCCACAGCUGAAAGAGGACUAUUUAUGUCUCACGGACUGGACCAAAGACUCUGCACUGCACCGAAGGAUUCUAUUUUAUGUUUAUUUCAUUAAUGCCACUUGUAGCAUUUGUCAAUUGGGGUUAAAUUAUACCAUUUUCUGUUAUUUAUUCUAUUUAUGGAGUUUUAUUGAAUGUCUUUGCAUUUGUUUCGUUAUUAUUUUCCAAAUACAUUUAUUUAUCCGUGUUCAUUUUCUCAUUGAUAAAUUAAAUCUUUUUUUUGUUUGUGUCUUUCUGCAACACCAGCUGCUUCUGUUCUCCUUUGUUUGCCUCAAUGAACUGAGAUUGUAAAUGACUGCUUUGCAAUUUUAAUAAACUGUUUAAUCGGUGACACCAA